UCACAUAGUCACCUUCACCGUGCAGGGUUUAUGAAAUGAGAAAGUAAAACCCUAAAACAAGAAAAAAAGAAGAAGAAGAAAGAGCUUCGAUGAAAGUAUAGCCAUGGCGAUCUUUAUAAGACGCGCUUUCUCGUACAGAAACGUCCUUCUCCUUCGGAGCUCUCAGCAUUUAAUCAGCUCCACCAAUGGCCGCCUCUGCAGCAGCUCCAAUACGCACAACACUCUCUCUCCUCCGAAUCUCGAUUUCCUCAGAGACACUCGCAGAGGCUUCGCCAAAGGCCGAAAGUCAAAGGAAGAUUCUGGUUCGAGUAGUACGAUUGUGGAAUUACCAGACUUGGGACCAACUAUUAAGUCAAACGUGACCUCACAGAUGGAUUCGGCAAUCGCCGCAUUAUCAACGGAAUUAAGCAAGCUACGAACGGGAAGGGCUUCUUCAGGAAUGCUUGACCAUAUUAUGGUGGAUCUUGGUGAUGUGAAGUUGCCUUUGAAUCAAAUAGCGGUUGUUUCAGUCAUAGACUCCAAAACCUUGUCUGUCAAUCCUUUUGAUCCAAGUGCCCUAAAAAGCUUGGAGAAAGCCAUUAUUUCAUCUCCCUUGGGGCUUAGUCCUAAGGUGGAUGGUGAGCGAUUGAUUGCUGUCAUUCCUCCGUUGACCCAAGAGCAUAUUCAGGCUGUUUGUAAAGUGGUUAUGAAGUCUUGCGAAGAUGCCAAACAAAGCAUAAGAAGGGCGCGCCAAAGGGCUAUGGACACAAUAAAGAAAAUGCAAUCAAGCUACCCUAAAGAUGAUAUAAAGAGAUUGGAGAAAGAAGUUGAAGAGUUGACCAAGAAGUUUACCAAGACAGCAGAGGACCUAUGCAAGGCAAAGGAGAAGGAGAACAAAAGCUAA